UAAGGGGAACAAGAGGAGGCUGAGAACAGGGCCCGUAUUCCAAUCUCCCCAGUGUGGACUGGAUCUACUGCCUGGCUUUUUUGUUGUGUGAGUCAGCAUCUCACUAUGUAGCUCAGGUUAGCUUCGAACUUGUGGUGAUCCUCCUGCCUCAGCCUCCUGAGUGCUGGAUUACAGGCAUGUGUCACCAUGGCCCAAUUCAAUACCAUUUUUUAUUUGCUAAAGAAUGUAUCCUCAAAAAAAAAUGUAUCCUCAAGCCCAGUGUGGUAGCACAAACCUGUAUUCCCAGUCCCUGAAGCUGAGGCAGAAGAAUCUCAAGUGCAAGCCCAACCUGGGCGAUUUAAUGAAAUUGUCUCAAAUUAAAAAAAAAAAAAUGAACAAUUCUGGGGAUUUAGCUCAGUGUGGAAGUGCGGAGUUCAAUCCCCAGUACUACAGGGGGACUUUUCCUUCCUAGCUAUUCUGAAAUAUACAGGGCACCACUACUCAUGACAGUCUCACUAUUGUCCAACAGGAUAUUGGAAUUUCUUCCUCCUGUCACUUUGUGCCCUUCGACCUACCUCAUCCCUUUUCCCUCCACCCUCCAAGCUUCCAGUAAACCUUAUUCUACUCUCAGUUUCAUAAGAUCAACUUAUUUUAGCUUCCCCAUAUCAGUAAGGGCAUGCAGUGGUUGUCUUUCUGUGCUUGGCUCAUGUCACUUAAUGUAAUGGCCUCCAGAGCCAUCGUUGUUAUUGCAAAUGACAGGAUUUCACCUUGUUUGUGGUUGUAUAGUACUCCACUGUGUAUAUAUACACACCACAUCUUUGGCAGUGCUGAGGAUGGAACUCAGGGCUUUGCACGUGCUAUGCAAGCACUAUACCAUUGAGCUGGACCCCCAACCCUUAAUACUUCUCAGACAGGGUCUCACUGACUUGCCCAAAGUGGACUCAAAAUUGCAAUCCUUCUGAGUAGCUAGGAUGACAGCUACUCUUACCCUAGUCAAGCCCCAAACUUCAGUGACUAUGUACAAACCAUUCCUUCUCCAAGAAGUCAUUUCUGAUAUCCCAGGGCUAAAAGUCAGAGUCCUAGCUAAGGGGGGCCCCAGUCCUCCAUGCUGGGUUAGAGUUGUCCUGGCCAUAGCUGUUAGUGGUGGCACACGCCUGCAACCCCAAUACUCAAGUGGCUGAGCCAGGAGGAUUGUUGCAAGCUUGAGGCCAGUACAUACUGAGUUCAAAGCCAGUCUGAACUGCAUAGCAAGGCCCUGUCUCAAAAAACAAAAACAAAAAACUGGCCUGGCUCACACAAUUCCCAACCUUUCUACUUACAAUGCAGAUUACUGGACACACAGGGCAGGUGGCCCAGUGAUUCAGGAAGGUCCAUGGCACUAGGCGCCAUGAAGUUCUCUGCUUCUGACACACACUUUGCUCUAGGAUGUAAGCAUUAAGGUCCUUUCCUUUUUUUCUUUGACACAGGGUCUCGCUAUGUAGCACAGGCUGGCCUCGAACGCGCAGUGAUCCUCCUGCCUCAGCCUCCCCAGCACGGGGAUGACAAGCGCGCACCACUGCGCCCAGCGCAAAGUCGUUCCCAUUGUACAGAGAGGUAAACUGAGGUUCCAAAAGGCGAUGGAGGCCACCGCUGAGCAAGUUUUAAAAGGUUCAGGUCCUAAGGAGCACUGGAUCCUGGGGGAGGAGCAGGGCGGGGAAGCGUGAGGAAGUGGGGGGGGGCGUGAGGAAGGGGGGAGGGGGGACUUGAGAGGCAGCCCCGCCCCCACGGGGGGACGCGCAGACACGGACCCCGCGCAGCGUGGGGACAUGUGACCGACCGACUGCAGAGGCAGCGCCGCUUCCCGCCGGGUGCGCGCGCCCCGCCGCAGGGAGCACAGCCCCUCAUCUCGGGCACCCGCCUGGGUUUGGGGCGCAGGAACAGAGGCGGAGCCAAGGCGGCCGGAGUCCCAGGAACCGAAAGCGAAAGAAAGCGGGGGCCGGGGAGGGGCGUGGCCGGCACAGGCUCCGCCCCCACCCUGCGCUGAGGCUCAGGCGGGCGCGCCCUGGCGGGGGCCAGUCGAACACGCAGUGCGGACCCUCGCGGGGACCUGAGCCGCCUCCAACGCCACCGCCACCGCCACCGCCGCCACCAUGUCUCAGGAAGGCGUGGAGCUGGAGAAGAGCGUCCGGCGCCUGCGGGAGAAGUUUCACGGAAAGGUGUCCCCCAAGAAGGCGGGGGCUCUGAUGAGGAAAUUCGCCAGCGACCACACCGGGGUGGGGCGCUCCAUCGUGUACGGGGUCAAGCAGAAAGACGGACAGGGCCUCAGUAGCGGCCUAGAUGCCCAGGACCCCCCAGAGGACAUGAAGCAGGACCAGGACAUCCAGGCUGUGGCAACCUCGCUCCUGCCGCUGACGGAAGCCAACCUGCGCAUGUUCCAGCGUGCCCAGGAUGACCUCAUCCCCGCUGUGGACCGGCAGUUCGCCUGCUCCAGCUGUGACCACGUGUGGUGGCGCCGAGUGCCCCAGCGGAAGGAGGUGUCCCGAUGUCGCAAAUGCCGGAAGCGCUACGAGCCAGUACCAGCCGACAAGAUGUGGGGCCUGGCUGAGUUCCACUGCCCGAAGUGUCGGCACAAUUUCCGGGGCUGGGCACAGAUGGGGUCCCAGUCCCCCUGCUACGGGUGUGGCUUCCCCGUGUUUCCGACACGGAUCCUCCCUCCGCGCUGGGACCUGAACAUGGAUCGGCGCAGUACGCACACCCAUUCCUGCUCGGCUGCAGACUGCUACAAUAGGCGAGAGCCCCACGUGCCCGGGACUUCCUGCGCUCACCCCAAGAGCCGCAAGCAGAACCACCUGCCCAAGGUCCUGCACCCCAGCAACCCCCACAUCAGCAGCGGCUCUACCGUGGCCACCUGCCUGAGCCAGGCUGGGCUGCUAGAGGACCUGGACAACCUCAUCCUGGAGGACCUGAAGGAAGAGGAGGAGGAGGAGGAGGAGGAGGAGGAGGAGGAGGAGGCCGGGCCCCGGGAGUGAGCAUGCCGGGCUGCGGUACUCUGUUAGCAAAUCCAAGCGCAACCUUACAUAUAAACGCCCUCGGGAGCCGUCCAGGCCUGAGAUCUUAGCAGAGGCGUUUCUGGGCCCCAUUGUGGGGGCCCCGGGGACCGGAUCCACCACCAUGGGAAAGUCUGGGACGGGCUCAGCACUGAGCCGCAAGGGAGGUGUGGCCGGGUCACCCUGCACCGUGGGGAUGGAGGGACAGAGUCACAGCCUGGCGGGCCGGAUGAGCAUGGCAGCCUUCUUAAGCGAGUACGCCCCACCUCGGAACUCAGCCCAGUAGACGCCAUCCUGGUAGCGGCUUCGGUAGUGGCCACCACGGUGCCAGACACCAUUGAGGUUGGAAUGGGCACAGGCGUGGUACCACCACCCUCCACGCUGGUACAGGGCACAGUGUCCUGCAGGGCAAAAGAAAAGCCUCUCCCAGCACCUCCUUGUGCAAGGCUUUUGCUAGGCAUCCCCUGGCCCUUCCCAAUCUUGCUGCAUAUGAGUCCUGAUAUCUCCUCACCAGAAUAAAAGCCCUGGCCUUCCACUUUCAGAGUAACAGCCUAAAUUCCUUUCCUAUCUCGUUAUCAAAGCACAAGUUAUGAAUUUCCUGCAUUUUCUGCCAAGUAGAAUUCUACCGCUCAUUCCUUUACCAGCGGAAGACAAAUUCUCUGCUUCUUUUCUAUAGUAAGUCUGGGCUGCAGUAGAGCACAUGCUUAGCAUGCACAAGGCCAUAGGGUUUUUAAAUGUUCUAAGCCAGACGUGGUAGUGCACAUCUGUAAUCCCAGCAUUUAAAGAAGCUGAGGCAGGAGGACUGCUGCCAGUUUGAAGCCAGCCUGGGCUAUAUAGUGAGUUCAAGGCCACCCAGGGCUACAUAGUGAGACCCUGUCUCCAAAAACAAAAAAAUGUUCUAGCCCUUGCCCUCUAUCCUCCACCAGGAUUCUUUUUUUUUUCUGGUACUGGGGAUCGAAAUCAGGACCUUGUGCUUGCCAGGCAGGCACGGUCCCACUGAGCUAAAUCCCUGGCAGAAGAGAAUUCUUAACUCUGGGCCUCUUCAGAAAAAGAAUAUGGGCUCCCAUCCCCUUAUCAAAAUAAAAGUCCUGUCGCUUGUUCUCUU